AUGUCCAAAACCAAUUUCGAUCCUUAUGCCCACCUCGGCAUCGUCUUCAAUCCAGAUGGCUCAGUGUCUCGCCGUUUCAGCGUACCCAAAGUUGAACCCAACCCUGAUCCAGUUCCAGACAGCUCCACAGUUUCCAAAGAUAUUAUCAUCAACCCUAAAACCAAUACGCGCAUUCGCCUCUUCAGGCCAGUAAAAAUACCUUCCAAUGACAACACAAUCGCUCGCCUUCCCAUUAUAAUUUACUUUCAUGGAGGCGGUUUUGUCCUCUACUCUGCCUGUGACGUUGUCUGUAACAAAAACUGUUCUUUAAUGGCCAGUGAAAUCCCUGCCAUUGUUGUCUCUGUUGAUUACCGUCUUGCCCCUGAUCACAGGCUCCCUGCAUGUUACGACGACGCCGUUGACGCUAUUCUAUGGGUCAAGCAACAAGCCGUCGACCCAGAAGGGGAGGGAUGGGUUAAAAACUACGGAGAUCUCAGCCGGUGUUAUCUUGGUGGCCGUGGUAAUGGCGCUAACAUUGUGUUCCACGCAGCAUUACGAGCCAUGGAUUAUAAUCUACGGCCUAUGGAAAUCCGAGGGCUGCUUUUCAAUCAGCCUUUGUUUGGUGGCGUUCAAAGGACAAAGAGCGAGAUUAAAUUUGCAGCGGAUUCCAUCUUGCCAUUGCCGGUUCUAGAUGCGUUAUGGGACCUUUCGCUACCAGAAGGGGCUGAUCGUGACCAUCGAUUUUCCAAUCCCAUUUUAGACGGUCCGCACAAGAUUAAGAUCAGCUCAUUGCCUCGAUCUUUGGUUUUUGGUUUUUGUGGGGAUCCUACCAUCGAUCGUCAGCAGCAAUUUGUGCAGUUGCUGGAAGUAAAUGGAGUGAAGGUUGAAGCACGGUUUGAUGAAGUCGGCUUUCAUGCUUUAGAUGUUGUAGACGAUCGACGAGGACUUGAUUUGCUUAAGAUGGCCAAAGACUUCAUUUUUUAA